CGAAACUAAUAAGAAAAUUUGUUUAGACUCCUUUGUUCACCGUUGGUAAUAUUCGUUCACUUUUGACAUUUUGGUGAGCGACAGUCGGCGCAAGCCGAAUUCGGCUUAGCGGCACUAGCCUCAAAAUCGCUCCCCCAAGACAGUCCGGCUGUCGAUAUUCAACACAAGCACGACCGUAUCCAACCUUUCCUCGCGACAACAACCGGUUUCGAUCUGAAGAUUCCUUCCCUUUCCACCCGCACCGUACCACUGCAAGCAAGUCUUGAACAACUUGAAGAUGACGACCGAACGUGAGUCCAAGACCUUCCUCGCGAGGCUUUGCGAACAGGCCGAGAGAUAUGAUGAGAUGGUUACAUACAUGAAGGAGGUUGCCAAGUUGGGUGGAGAGCUCACAGUUGACGAGAGAAACCUUCUGUCCGUUGCCUACAAGAAUGUUGUCGGCACUCGACGUGCUUCCUGGCGCAUUAUCUCCUCGAUCGAGCAGAAGGAAGAGUCUAAGGGUACCGACAAGCACGUUUCGACCAUCCGUGAUUACCGCCAAAAGAUCGAGACCGAACUUGAGAAAGUCUGCCAAGAUGUUCUUGAUGUUUUGGAUGAGUCGUUGAUCCCCAAGGCCGAAUCUGGAGAGUCCAAAGUCUUCUAUCACAAGAUGAAGGGUGACUAUCACCGCUACCUGGCUGAGUUUGCUUCUGGUGAGAAGCGCAAGGUUGCUGCAACAGCUGCCCACGAGGCCUACAAGAAUGCUACCGAUGUUGCGCAAACCGAGCUCACCCCAACCCACCCCAUUCGUCUUGGCCUGGCCCUCAACUUCUCUGUCUUCUACUACGAGAUCUUGAACUCCCCCGAUCGCGCAUGCCACCUUGCCAAGCAGGCCUUCGAUGACGCUAUUGCCGAGCUCGAUUCUCUGUCUGAGGAGUCAUACCGUGACAGCACGCUCAUCAUGCAACUUCUCCGAGACAACCUUACGUUGUGGACCUCCUCAGAUAGCGGCGAGCCCGAGGCUGCAGCAGCCGAGCCAGCUAAGGAGACUGAGAAGGCCGCUGAACCCGAGAAGACCGAGGAGCCAAAGAGCGAAGCUGCGCCUGCUACCGAAUCUUAGAUUUCUCACUCUCGGAUCUCCUCGUCUCGUUUUCAUAUGCUUCUUGAUCUUGCUGGAGUGGCUGGUAUACCUGGCUUGCAGGUGGAGUGAUUGCAGCAUGGGUAGGGGAUGGGAGUUGAUAUGAAAAAGCAGAACGAGUGCGGCUUUGCGAACUCGGUUGAUUUGCGAAUACACCAUCCUGCGAACUUGAUGAUCAUGUUUUCCUUUCUGGUUGCGAUGUCUUCUUUCCCUGCGGUCUUUCUCACGUCAUGGGCGCGUUUUGCGGAUGGGGCCUUCAAGAGCUUCUGAAGCGGGCGUCUCUGAUCCUGGAAUGCAUUUCUUCACAAAGAGCCUCAACGGCACAUAGCUUAGGGAGAUGAUUUCGUCAAAGGGUACUCUUAGUCUCUCUACUUGCGAUGAGCUUUCGUUGUCUCACUCGAGGUGUGCUUCUCCUCUAGAUAUCCCUCGGAUUUCUACAUCCCCC